AACUUGAAGGCCGAGGAGGAGCGAGGAUAAUAUGGAAUAUAAUCGACCCUGUCCCCAGCUUCCAUCUCCGAAGGUGUUUAGAACUUCGAACCACUGAUAAAACCCACGGAACAAAAUCACAGGACAGGGUCUAAUGAUGCUGAGAGGAUCUGCUCUGAAGCGUUCCCUUCAGCGUCAGCUUCAUCAUCACUUCCGCUCUUCCACUUCUAAUUCUCAUCUUGUUCGAAGCCUACCGUCCACAACCACCAUCAGCACCUCCCAAAACUUUGUUCGCCAAUUUUCCACUUCCACUCCAUCCUCUUCCGAUGCCGAACUACGUAAGUACCUGGGCUAUGCCGCCCUCGUUCUCUUCUGUGGCGCUGCCACUUACUACUCCUUCCCCUUCCCCGAGAAUGCCAAGCACAAAAAAGCUGAGAUCUUUCGCUACGCUCCUUUGCCCGAAGAUCUUCACACAGUCUCCAAUUGGAGUGGAACCCACGAGGUUCAGACCCGAAAUUUUCACCAGCCAGAGAAUCUAGAGCAGUUGGAGAAGGUUGUGAAGGAGGCUCAUGAGAAUAAGACUCGAAUUCGGCCUGUCGGGUCGGGUCUGUCCCCCAACGGGAUUGGUUUGUCCAGGGCUGGGAUGGUAAAUUUGGCACUGAUGGAUAAAAUUUUGGAAGUGGAUCAGCAGAAGAAGACCGUGAAGGUGCAGGCAGGCAUUAGAGUGCAGCAGCUUGUUGAUGCGUUAAAGGAGCAUGGUCUUACACUACAGAAUUUUGCUUCCAUUAGGGAACAGCAGAUUGGCGGCAUUGUUCAGGUUGGCGCACAUGGUACUGGGGCAAGAUUGCCUCCCAUAGAUGAGCAGGUCAUUAGUAUGAAAUUAGUCACACCUGCUAAGGGAACGGUAGAGAUUUCGAAAGAGAAAGAUCCAGAGCUGUUUUACCUUGCUCGUUGUGGUCUUGGGGGACUUGGAGUUGUGGCUGAAGUCACCCUUCAGUGUGUUGAGAGACAGGAGCUUGUGGAGCACACAUUUAUCUCAACAAUGAGUGAGAUAAGAAAAAACCACAAAAAAUGGCUCUGUGACAACAAGCAUGUCAAGUACCUUUAUAUCCCAUAUACUGACUCUGUUGUGGUCGUAAGAUGCAAUCCUAUUUCAAAGUGGAGAGGUCCUCCCAAGUUCAAACCCAAAUACACUAAAGAUGAAGCCAUACAGCAUGUUCAUGACCUCUAUAGGGAGUCCCUAAAGAAAUACAGAGGAGAAGAAACUAGGGUUAAAUCAUCAGAUGAUGGUGAACAAGAUAUUAAUGAGCUUUCUUUCACAGAAUUAAGAGAUAAAUUGCUUGCCCUAGAUCCACUCAACAAAAACCACAUCAUAAAGGUCAAUCAAGCUGAAGCUGAGUUCUGGCGGAAGUCAGAGGGAUAUAGAGUAGGAUGGAGUGAUGAGAUAUUGGGCUUUGAUUGUGGAGGUCAACAGUGGGUAUCAGAAACAUGCUUCCCUGCUGGAACACUAUCUAAACCAAGCAUGAAAGACCUUGAAUACAUUGAAGAACUGAAGCAACUCAUUGAGAAAGAAGAGAUACCUGCACCUGCUCCAAUUGAGCAGCGAUGGACAACUAGCAGUAGAAGUAUCAUGAGUCCUGCUUCAAGCUCAUCUGAGGAAGAUAUAUUCUCUUGGGUUGGUAUCAUCAUGUACCUCCCCACCAGUGAUGCUCGCCAGAGGAAGGAUAUAACAGAAGAAUUCUUUCAUUACAGGCAUUUAACUCAGGCAAAAUUGUGGGAUCACUUUUCGGCUUAUGAACAUUGGGCUAAGAUUGAGGUUCCAAAGAACAAGGAGGAGCUUGCAGCUCUCCAAGCCAGGCUAAGAAAGCGUUUUCCUGUGGAUGCAUUUAAUAAGGCAAGAAGAGAGUUGGAUCCCAACAGGAUCCUUUCAAAUAAUAUGCUGGAAAAGCUCUUCCCAGUAGCAGAUACCAUAUAGGACAACUUCAGGCAGGUUGAUUGUCAUCUUUUCUUGUCCUAAUAUUCCUUUUUCUUUUUUCAAAUGUGUGAUUAAGUUUGUGCUCAGCCGCAAGUUCUUUUCUCCAAGUAUUCCUUUUGUUUUCUUUUUCCUCUCUUUCAUGAACUUUAUGCACAAUGUAUGGUUUAUUAUCAAGGACUAUUUUAUUAAAAGACACUCUUUCACUUUA